UUGGGGGAACCGCUGUUUUCCUCUCCUUUUCUUACGAGUCCUGAGACGGGUAGGGAUCCAAAACCAUCUUCCCCUUGAACGUCACAUCUACAAUCCAACAAAAUGAUCAUCUACAAGGAUAUCAUCACCGGAGAUGAGCUAUUCACCGAGGUCUACAAAAUCACGGAGGCCUGCGACGGCAUGCUGUACGAAGUACAGGGGAAGCUCACUUCCAGAUCGGAGGACGUCGACGGUGCUUUGAUCGGCGCCAACGCCUCUGCAGAGGGAGGAGACGAGGGCAGUGAAGCGUCCACAGUCAGUGGAGUUGACAUUGUGCUCAACAGCAAACUGCAGGAGACCUCCGCCUACAACAAGAAGGCCUACCAGAGCUAUAUCAAGGGAUACAUGAAGGCAGUCAAGGCAAAGCUGGAGGAGCAGGAUUCCAAGAGGGUACAGGCCUUCGUGGCUGGAGCUCCAGCAGCUGUUAAGAUGAUCCUGGGGAACCUCGAUAAAUACCAGUUCUUCACCGGUGAGUCAAUGAACUGUGACGGAGCCAUCGGCCUGCUAGAUUACCGUGAGGAUGGAGUCACGCCUUUCUUCCUCUUCUUCAAAGACGGUAUCGAGAUCGAGAAAUACUAAACCAUCUGGACAUCCUAACAGAAGUGCCUGGGAUCGGAGGGAGCGUGUCUGCUUGUUACCAUAGCUACCGUCGCCCCUGAUCACAGACAGACUGACCCAACCCUGCCUGCUUGUUACCAUAGCUACCGUCGCCCCCUGAUCACGGACAGAACUGACCCAACCCCUUGUCUGUAUCGCUCCCAACACCUGGAAACAGACUCGCCUUUCUUUGAUCAGGUUUUUAUUUUUUUGGCCCCAACCUUCUCCCCCCCUCUCCUCUCCUCUUCGUCCCCACAUCUGGUCUGUGUGGCGUCCCGAGGGAGACGCCCUGUUUGUAAACUGACGGUCGUUGGACAGGGCCUCUCCUGCCUACCAUGGAUGGAUGGAUGGAUGGAACCAUGCUGGCUUGGCCCGCUGUGUGCGUGGUGACUUCUAUCAGAUGUCCUGCGACGUUACUCUCCCACCUCGCUCUCUCACACAAUUGUAAAGGACUCGUUGACACUAGUUGUGAAAUAAAUGGGCUUUAACGGCCGGAAAUAC